CAAGUUAGAACCAACGUUGGUCUCUCAGUUUGCGGUUGGGAUUGGGAUGGGAUGGAUAGAUGGGUGUUUGGAAAUGGCGUUGUUUUCCCUCUCGAGAUGCCUGCGACCGGCAAUCGACAAGACAACGGGGGGAGGGUCCAACUGCGUAUGUACUGUACGCAUCAAGAUCCAGGGACCUAGACCACCAUCAUUGACUAUUUCCAUGGAUGUCGAUAUCCUUAUCGUUACAAGGUCUGCGGUGGUGAAUGUCCAUGUCGACCCUGAAUAGCCUCCCCAUUCAAGGAUGACAUAACGAGACUUUUAUGUCGAUACCUUACAUAGUAUAUUCUCAACUGUCCAACUGUAUGUAUCUGUCUUUAGUUGCCGGGUAAAUUGCCUACUGACAGCAUGCGGCACAACUUGCAUGCAAGCGUAGCAUUCAUGAUCAUCACUGGCCUACCUACGCGUGUAGUAAUGCUGAGGCAAGACAUGACUAUGCAUUACAUUACCUAACAUUGCAGUGGAAAAACAUCUCAGCCAACUAUCCAUUCACAACUCUCUACGUACAACACUCCAAUCGAUGAAGCAAUCAACAAGAAAACAACAUCAAGCCCAUUUCAAGACAGGGAUCUCGUGUCCGUAAAAGGCCCUUUCACUCGUACUGUAGCUCGAUAACAUCCCGUAAUCGACAUCCGAUUAUCACGACCAGUAUCAUCUCCAGCCUCUUCUUUCCUUUGUUUCCCGCUCUUUGCCGUAAAAUACCAAAACGAUAUCGUGUUACAAUAGCGGGACGAUAUCAAAUCUUUUUCUUCAUUAACGGAUAAAGAGCAUGGAAUCAGAGGGGCCAUGACAGGCAUUGACUGCGAGAUGGGAUGUUGCAGGGUAAGGUAACCUGAGAUGUUGGGAACUAACGUUAGUUAUCUACUCCGUAUAUCUAUCUAUACACCACCUUGGCCCUAGCUACGGCCGCCGUGGUUUUUGGCAAAAAGGCGGCCCAGUAGUUGUGUUGUACAGCCGUGUCAUGUCAGAUCAUUCUUAUCGCCGCCUAAAGGGAGUUCACCGGAACGAGCAGGGAUGUGCAGCUAGGGUGGUGAAAGCUAGGGUGGUGAACUGACGAGACCUAGACCGGCUCUCUGGGAUAUAUCGUAUGUACCUGCGCGACUGCACGUUCCUGAAUUUGACCUGAUUCAUCGAUGUCGCUGUCCUGCAUUGAACUGACUCAAUAUUGCACUCACCCUACAGGGCUGGCCUUGUCCAAGACGAAGCUAUAACUGCCCAUUCAGAAAUCGAACACUGCUUCAGAGCGGUGUAUGUGAUUAGUUAUGCAUGUAUUUGGACUCAUGAUAUGUUUGUUACAUUUGUUGUACAUCUAUCAAUUGUCGUGAGAUGAGAUUCUAUGUAUGCAUGCAGUUCUCGCUUCGCCUCUACUAUACAGUUCAUGCUCCAUCAUGGAAUAUCCAUCCAAAAUCGGCGAUUCCCAUGCUCCGCUCAUAGGCGUUUAAAACCGUCUUGUCCAUCAUUUCUUCCUCUUCCUCUGUCCAUAGAAAAGUCGUUAACAUCCCACGCCUUCAUCGGUCCGGCAUUAACCACACGUGUAUGCAUGUAUCCACACAACAACCAACGGUCCAUCAUGUCAUUUUCCAAUCGGUGUGCAAUCGUUCAGGGGCCCAAAUAUCGUACACCGCACACCGAAACCGCAAUGAGUCGAGGUCUCUGAUAUACUCACUGUAUGGAUAGGCGCGUUAGCCUCCCGGCCCGAUCCAGCCAGCCAGCCUCAACCUCAGCUCAGAAACAGCUUAAUCGCAUCUUCCGUCCUUCCAACCUGUCCGCCACCGCUCCUCCCACUUGGAACAGUCGAACUCAGGCUUGCCCAAUUUGCGGUUGACGUCGUUGUGUGCGCCGCACAGCCACUUGCCGAACUCAUCACGGCUGUUGACCUGUGGCGCUUCUCGUUUUAGAUAACCCUGGAAAUCUUCUGCGCAGACCCAGCAAGGAUAUAGCUUAGAGAACAGACCGACAAAGCUGAGAAGGUCUGAUUUUUGGCCGCUUGACGGUUGUUCCGGAUACUGAGCGGCAAUAGAGUGAAGCAAUGUCCAUGUACUACGGCCUAGCACCUCGACAUCUGGAGGGCAGUCGGCCGGAGGACCCUUGGCCUUUGCAGCAUCCUGUUUGAGAGUACUCUUUGUCUGGGAAGCCCAUGCAGCAAAAGAAGUACAGUUCCGGCAUCUGAGCAAGGGUCAGUUGAGUCGAUAUACUGUAGGGCUCCAUUUGCAGGGCGUAAUGAUGAAACUCACGGUUUGCCGUCAGGGCCUAGUACUACUCCUUUGGGGAUCCUCUUAGGCGGCUCAGCAGAGCCUCCUACCGACGGUGCAAGGGCAGCGGGGGCAGCCGCCUGCUGUUGAUCGUUUGGAUCGCUCGACAUUGAAUGGCGCCACUUGUGGUGGUGAGAUCUCUGACUCUGGCUCUAACUCGGCUUCUGAGGCGAGCUACCGCUAAGGAAUAAGACGGGAACAACAAGUCGGCGCUUUCGGUGGAAUUAUUAGGAGACUGAGUAAGUGAGACAGAUCAGGUAAGCAAUUGAUCAAUUAAUGAAUGUCAACGAACGAAACGCCACAAAAGAAUAACGGGACUGAAAGAACUGGGGUCUUGAGACUUUUACGAUUGUCGUGAUGUGAUGCCUAUUUGUCAGCCUCUGUCUACUAACAUAGAAGAAAAGAAGCUAAACUGCCAGGAUAUUAAAACGUUCUAUCAAGUGUCUAUUGACAGAAUUCAAAGGCUAUCUGUUAUCGAUAAGCCACUGAAUCCUGGAAGCUUCCAGGGACACGGGCAGGCCAAAUUUAGGCCGGAGCAGCGCCGUCUUCCGGGUGAUUAUGGGGCGAGACAGCCCACGCCCAACUCGCUAACUCGUUACCGAUGGAGCUUCUCUAGUUGGGGAUGGAUGUGCAUUCUUCACUCUAGCAUCAUUUCCGGUCGAGUAUUGUCUAGUCUCUUGAAAAUGUAUGAUUAAUUCAUGAUUAUACAAAAGUAGCGAUUCAAGCGUCUCCGUCAAAUCUCUCCCUAUUUGCCAAUGUCUCUGACAGUCAGAUUGCGUUUCCGAAAGGCGAUGUUGCAGCUGUAUCAUUCAUGAACUCAUCCAUGACCUUACUCAACGCUGUCAUGUCAUCACCAAUCGAGAAGAAGGACGGAUCCAAUGCCAUGGUUUGACCGAACGUGUUAUCAAAACCGCCAAAGUGGUUCUCCGCGGAUGGCAUAGAUGAUGGAUUGAAUGCUUUACACAAGAGUCAGCGGCAGACAACGAGACUUGAAAGGGAGAGAGAGACUUACUGGUGGAUGGUGAAGAAACAAACAUCGAACUCUUCCGAUCUUGCUCAAGCAUGACCGAUAUUGCCUUGACAGCUCUUUGAGCUUCAAGAGAUUGGUCGGAUCUCGUCUCCCAGAUAUCCUUUGCUAUAAUCAAAGCCUGCAAGAUAUCACUUCGCCUAUUCAAAUCUCGCCCUGCAUCGUAUCUACUCAACGCAAAACAUAGCAUCAUGGUAGCUUGCAUGAACUCGGAUCUAAGUGGUGCGGCAACUCUCCAGCGCAUGUUGUACAUGAGGCCUCCUGGUUGAGUUUCUUCGUUCAUGCGUCGCUGGUGCUCCAGGAUGGAUAGGGCAGCCUUAAUGCAUAUCUCACUGGAUCUGACACUCUCUCCCCCCGCAGACCCUCUGACGAAACUGUGCCGAUGGAGGAGAUAGAUGGCUUUCUGAGCGAUGAUAUCGAGCAUCAUUCGAUUGAGGAUUGUGGCUGGACUGUCCGCAAUCGACUCUUGGAGAGGCUUUAGCCUGAGCCAGUGCGGCAAGGAAUUCGUGGCUUUCUCGAGCUUGGCCUGCAGGGUCGCAACAGUAGUUGGUGAGGGUGGCCCUGCUUCGGUUGUGUCGUAUAUCUCAGCAGCAACUUUGAUAACUCCAUGCCUGUGGAUAUGAAACGCCAACAUGGAAGGCUCUGAAUGUGGCCUUUCAGGCGGUGGGGUAUCGUGCUCAAAACCAAUAUCGCUAUCCAGAAGAUAUGAGGGCGGGCGAGUGUCGCAUUGAGAAUCUUUGAUGAUACGUGGAAGUCCGAUUUGGGUACUGGUGAAGAAGUCGAUGCUGUACAAAGCUAUCCAGGCUCGUCGCCGGAGUUCAGCUUGCAAAGGUCGGAUAUUUGGCCAGUGAGACGGCUCACGAUGAAGACCCAUCCGCAUGGCUAUCCUUAUGAUAACACCCAUGAGGACCCAGUUCCCAAUAUUUGCAUCAGCGUCGGCCUCUUGGUCUACAGCAAAGUGCAAUAAUAGCGUCUCAACCGUAUGCGCGCUGGAACGAAGGUAAUCUCCAGCUACCAAGCAGUGGAUAGUGAGCGUUCUGUAAGUGUCGAGCGUUGUUUGUAGUUCAGAAGCGGACAAGCCGUGCAUCCCUGCCUCCUUUUUCUGUAAUGAUACAGCCAUACUCAUGACGCUGAACAAGAACCCGACCCAGAUGAUGGAGACAGCUGAGGGGUUUACCCAGAAAUUUGCAUACUAUAUAUGGGAAUUUGCCUCGAUGAAUGAUGACUGGCAAGGCGGAGUUAGCAGUUGAGUGAACAUGAAAGUCAUGACUUACGUGAGUCGAAAGUGUUGAAGUACUGGGAGAUGUAUCUGUCAACUAUCUUGCGAGGAGGAACCAAAGCGAGAAUUUGGUCUACGGGAAGACACGAAACAUUAGCAAGUAGAGAUAUUCUCGGUGCCUGAGACUGAUGCGUCAAUCCACUAGCAAAAGGAGAAGACCCUUCACUGGCAAUGUCGGAGCCAUCAUCAGCGAGCUCAUCUCUGAGUUGUUGAAUCUAGGGUAUCUCGUCAGUGUUCAAGGUCUCCAUAAUGAGUCUUGUUCUUACAUCUUCCAAUAUUGUAGCCCAAUGCGAGCUACCUGUGUACACAGCCUGGUCAUCUGCCAAAUUUAGAUUUCCCAUUCGAACAUUUGGCGAUAUGCCUGAUGUAGUAGGCUCAAGACCAUUCGGGGCAUUGUCUGCUUGGGCUACAUCGCUCAGCGACUUGGUUGAGCUCUCAGCCUUAUCUCUCAGUUCCGUCACCAGAUUCUCAAGCCGAGCUAUUCUCUGGCGAGCUUUCUGAUUUCUGUUAUGAGGUCUGUAAUCUAUGGCAUCCUUGCGUUCUUGUUCUGAGCAAGUGAAAAUGCACUCGGUAGGUUUCCCGCGCCGUGUGCAGGCGCCGCAGGGUGACUGUCUAUCGCAUCGAAGUCUGCAGUAAAGUCAACACCAUUGAAUGUCUCUAUGGUCUGCCUGGCUGGCUUACUUGCGCCCCCUGCAGAAAGUGCAGCUGAGAAUUGGCUUCUCACGUUUUCUUGUUUGAGGCCUUGGCUGUGCUUGAUGAGUUUCCAUGAGUUAGAGUGGUGAGGGCUUAUUCGCCUCUCAGGCAGACACAAAUGAUGAAGCUAGUGUAGAUUGAAGUUUGGCUAUAGGACGUGAAGUCAUUUUCACCACGAUCCUAGGAGCCACACGUGAUUCAGCACCGAUGAUACCUCAGAACAUGGAACGCAGUAAGAUAUAUUGUAUGCCUAUUCUGUAAAAUAUACUCUAUGAGCUACGGUUUAAUUCGCAUCGUGAGAACAAGUCGAUCAGAGAAUGUGCCUUGAGUGAUGGAUGGUCUUCAACAUUGCCGGGUCAAACGAUAAACAUCAAUCUCAUUUUCAUAUCGAGCAAGACGGAUAAAAGAAAUGGAAAUAGUUAAAUAAAGCGGCUCAGUCUCUCUCAUCUUUGUUUUUGUUUCAAGCAGUAAUAGCGGACAAGCGAAGGAUUUUCGGACGUUGAUCCUUCGUGGAGAGUCAUUCAGCGGACGGUCGGACGGUCAUGGUGUAAGCUCAUUGGUCGGUUUUUGACUGUCCGAAAUGCCAUCUCUCCACGGACAUUGUCGAUGGAGUUCAUGGCGGACAUUUUGUGAUAUACCGAUAAUUAUAUAUAACAACAAGAGAAUUCGAUGGUUUUAAUCUAUUCAAUUCAAUCAUAUUGUCCAACUAUAUCAGCAACUUGCCCAU